UUGACGUAAUUCUUACGACAAACGUCAACACUAUAUAAAUGCAAAUGAUAUAAACAUUUAUCACAUGUGUUUGGUUUUGUCAAAAGUAAUCGUUUGACUGCUUUGUGCCGACCAUCACAUCGUUAGCCACCAAUUAUCUGAGAUUAUCUGCGAUUAGCUGAAGACAUGAGUCGUCGACAAACUCCGAGUGAGUUCUUGAAGCAAAUCAUUGGCCGUCCGGUUGUCGUCAAACUCAACUCUGGCGUCGACUACAGAGGAGUGUUGGCCUGUUUGGACGGCUAUAUGAACAUCGCGUUGGAACAGACGGAAGAGUACGUGAACGGACAGCUCAAGAAUAAAUACGGCGACGCCUUCAUCAGAGGCAACAACGUCCUAUAUAUAAGUACACAGAAGAGAAGAAUUCAAAUGUGAACCCAUUGUCUGAAUCACCAAUUCUUUGACUAAUCAUUUGUAUUAUUAAACAAUUAUGGCAUUCAUUAUACAGUAAUUAAACUCUCGUUUUAUAUUCAAA